UUUCCGGGCUUGGUCUUCGGCAAGUUCCGCUGUCGCCGGUCGGAAAUGGCCGCCGGCCGGCAGGGGGAGCGGAGGAUCCGGCGCGGCCUCAGAGGCGCGCAGCCGGCGGCCAGAGCGGCUUGUGGGAAGCGGAGUUUCGUGCAGGCUACGGCGGUGGCUCGUCCCUCACUGGAAGCCGCAGAGCAAGCCCUGGUGUCCACUGUUUCAGGAAAUCGUAUGUUGAAACAUAAUGCUACUACAUAAGAGCCAGAGAAAGGAAGAAUGCUGCCGUGUAAGGCCUGAUUGUUGGUAGUGACAUGGAGGACAGGGCUGGCAUUUCAAGCUGCCAGCUGUUUUUACCAGCCCCUGCAUAACUUGAAUAGAAGCUAUGCGUACCGGCUGGUCAACAAAGCCAAGGAACAAAAGCUAUGGCAGAUGAAAGGGUCCCUCUGAGUCCAGGGCUUCCCCCCUGGCUUUUAGCACCAUGGGUCUCUUCCCCUUCAUUCCAUCAGCGACAUGGUACCUUUUCCUAUUUGGUGACAACAGCCAAUACUUAGGACCUGCCUGACUAGGGUUAGAGACCUUCUGAGUCACAGCUGAGGAAAAAUGAAAUUUCCGUUUUAUUUGGUGCCUUGUGCAGGGAGCACACUGACACUUCCAGGAACUUGUAUGUGAAAAAGAGGCUGAGUUUUUUUUUUGGCACACAGACUCGUGGUUAUGGCGAGUGAUCCAACGUGAUCAGGGUGGUCAAAAGCCACAGAGGACUCAUGACAGGCUAUACCAUGUUGCGGAAUGGGGGAGUGGGGAAUGGCGGUCAGACCUGCAUGCUGCGCUGGUCCAACCGCAUCCGGCUGACGUGGCUGAGUUUCACACUCUUCAUCAUCCUGGUCUUCUUUCCUCUUAUUGCUCACUAUUACCUCACCACCCUGGAUGAGGCAGACGAGGCUGGCAAGCGCAUCUUUGGUCCUCGGGCUGGCAACGAGCUCUGUGAGGUAAAGCAUGUUCUGGAUCUUUGUCGGAUUCGAGAGUCUGUGAGCGAAGAGCUGCUGCAGCUUGAAGCCAAGCGGCAGGAGCUGAACAGCGAGAUCGCCAAACUGAACCUCAAGAUCGAAGCCUGCAAGAAGAGCAUAGAGAACGCCAAGCAGGACCUGCUGCAGCUCAAGAACGUCAUUAGCCAGACGGAGCACUCUUACAAGGAGCUGAUGGCGCAGAACCAGCCCAAACUGUCCCUGCCCAUCCGACUGCUCCCUGAGAAAGAUGAUGCUGGCCUCCCGCCCCCCAAGGUCUCCCGGGGUUGCCGGCUACACAACUGCUUUGAUUACUCCCGUUGUCCUCUGACCUCUGGCUUUCCAGUCUAUGUCUAUGACAGUGACCAGUUUGCCUUUGGGAGCUACCUGGACCCUUUGGUCAAGCAGGCUUUUCAGGCCACAGCGAGAGCCAGUGUUUAUGUGACAGAGAACGCAGCCAUCGCCUGCCUCUAUGUGGUGUUAGUGGGAGAAGUGCAAGAGCCUGCUGUGCUGCAGCCUGCUGACCUUGAAAAGCAGCUCUAUUCUCUGCCGCACUGGAGGACGGACGGACACAACCAUGUCAUUAUUAACCUGUCCCGGAAGUCGGACACACAGAAUUUACUGUACAAUGUCAGUACAGGCCGGGCCAUGGUGGCCCAGUCCACUUUCUACGCUGCCCAGUACAGGCCUGGCUUUGACUUGGUGGUGUCACCACUUGUCCAUGCCAUGUCCGAGCCCAACUUCAUGGAGAUCCCACCACAGGUGCCAGUUAAGCGGAAAUAUCUCUUCACUUUCCAGGGCGAGAAGAUCGAGUCCCUGAGGUCUAGCCUUCAGGAGGCACGUUCCUUUGAGGAGGAGAUGGAAGGCGACCCUCCAGCUGACUAUGAUGACCGGAUCAUUGCCACCCUAAAGGCUGUACAGGACAGCAAGUUAGAUCAGGUGCUGGUAGAAUUUACCUGCAAAAACCAGCCGAAACCCAGCCUGCCUACCGAGUGGGCGCUGUGCGGGGAGCGGGAAGACCGCCUAGAUUUGCUGAAGCUUUCCACCUUUGCCCUCAUCAUCACUCCUGGGGACCCACGCUUGGUUAUUUCUUCUGGGUGUGCGACACGCCUCUUUGAAGCCCUGGAAGUGGGGGCUGUGCCGGUUGUACUGGGGGAGCAGGUGCAGCUCCCGUACCACGACCUGCUGCGGUGGAGUGAGGCCGCCCUGGUGGUGCCCAAGCCGCGCGUUACAGAGGCUCACUUCCUGUUACGAAGUCUUUCAGACAGUGACCUGUUGGCCAUGAGGCGGCAAGGCCGUUUUCUCUGGGAGACUUACUUCUCCACCGCUGACAGUAUUUUUAAUACCGUGCUGGCCAUGAUUAGAACUCGCAUCCAGAUCCCAGCUGCUCCCAUUCGGGAAGAGGUAGCAACUGAGAUCCCCCAUCGCUCAGGAAAAGCUGCUGGCACUGACCCCAACAUGGCUGACAAUGGGGACCUGGAUCUGGGGCCCGUAGAGACAGAACCGCCCUAUGCCUCACCCAAAUACCUCCGCAACUUUACCCUGACUGUCACAGACUGUUACCAUAGCUGGAACUCUGCACCCGGACCUUUCCAUCUUUUCCCACACACACCCUUUGACCCUGUGUUGCCCUCUGAGGCCAAAUUCCUGGGCUCAGGGACUGGAUUCCGGCCCAUCGGUGGUGGGGCUGGGGGCUCUGGGAAGGAGUUCCAGGCCGCACUUGGAGGCAACGUCCAGAGGGAGCAGUUCACAGUUGUGAUGCUGACCUAUGAACGUGAGGAAGUACUCAUGAACUCCCUGGAGAGACUCAAUGGCCUCCCCUACCUGAACAAGGUAGUGGUGGUGUGGAACUCUCCCAAGCUGCCCUCGGAGGACCUUUUGUGGCCAGACAUUGGUGUUCCCAUCAUGGUUGUCCGAACUGAGAAGAACAGUUUGAACAAUCGGUUCUUGCCCUGGAACGAGAUUGAGACAGAGGCCAUACUGUCUAUCGAUGACGAUGCUCACCUCCGCCAUGAUGAGAUCAUGUUUGGGUUCCGGGUGUGGAGAGAGGCACGUGAUCGUAUUGUGGGUUUCCCUGGCCGUUACCAUGCGUGGGACAUCCCUCACCAGUCCUGGCUCUACAACUCCAACUACUCCUGUGAGCUGUCCAUGGUGCUGACAGGCGCUGCCUUUUUUCACAAGUAUUAUGCCUACCUGUAUUCUUAUGUGAUGCCCCAGGCCAUCAGAGACAUGGUGGACGAGUACAUCAACUGUGAGGAUAUUGCCAUGAACUUCCUUGUUUCCCACAUCACACGGAAGCCUCCUAUUAAGGUGACGUCAAGGUGGACUUUUCGAUGCCCAGGGUGCCCUCAGGCUCUGUCCCACGAUGACUCUCACUUUCACGAGCGGCACAAGUGUAUCAACUUCUUUGUCAAGGUGUACGGCUACAUGCCCCUCUUGUACACACAGUUCAGGGUGGACUCUGUGCUCUUCAAGACCCGCCUGCCCCAUGACAAGACCAAGUGUUUCAAGUUCAUCUAGGGCCUUUCCAGUCUUGACGAGACAAUGAGCAGAGUGCAGGGAGGCGCUCCCGAGGUUCCCAGGUGUUGAAGAGCCUUGGGGACAUCUGUGGGGCAGGGCCCAGAUCCUUUGCUGGGGGAGGCAGCAGGGAAAGUGGAAAGGGGUAGCUGUCUUUAUUCUGAAGUCAGCCACACUGGGCGUGGGAUCCUGGUCAGCAGACUCGGGGUUUCUGCACAGGACACUGUCUGAUAGCAAACACUGAGGACUGUGGGGACUCUGUGGUGAGUCACUAGUUCAUAAGCCCGGGACGGCUGGUUUGUGGUUUUUAAAUUCAGUAACUAUUAUUAUUUAAAGAGAGAGUUUCACAUCUGCCAUUUAAGGUUUAUUUAUAUGUGUGCAUAUAUGUCCACACAUACGUGUAUAUACGUAUAUAUGCACACACAUCACACACACCACACGUAGCACAUACAUACAUACAAACAUACAUACAUAUACAUAUAUAUAUUUGGUGGGGUGGGGGUGCACCUGAAAUUUCUGCCAAUCUCUCCAAGGGAGGAACCUACCUACCUGGUUAUGUAUUUAGUGGAGAGGGUCCUGGCCCUGUGUUACCUGGACUGACAUUUGCAGCCCCCCUCCCCUCCAGUAGCAUGGCUGCAGAAAUAAGCAGGAUGGACUUGGCCUAGGCAAGCUCUCCUGAUCUGCUCUGGCCCCUUCCGUUGCCUCAGUGAUGCUAACACAGCUUCUCUUGUUGGAGGCUGCACAGUGGGGAUGGUGUGCUCCGAGGGUUGGACCCAGGCAGCACUUAGGUGUCACUGGCUUAUCAUUACUCUCCUAUUGUCUCUUGAGUGUGAGAGAGAAUGAGGAAGCAAACAGUGAGCUGUACUGCCCACCCUCCUGGUGACAAUGGUGCGGGGACACUGGUGCAGGGCACUGGUGCCUGCUCCCUGUAGCACUUGUUUUUCUCAGAGGAGACAACAGGAAAUUAUCAGGCUGGCUGGGAGUUUGUGUGGUGUAGAACCAGCCUGUGUCCUUUGAGGAUCCCAGAGUCUUACUGCAAGGCGCGUGCCUUGGAAUGAACGCCUAGGUGAAAUUCACCUCCCCGCUUCCGUCUGGACUUCGUCCUGUACUGUAUGGUGUAGAGCCCUGAAGCCAUGUU